GAGGAAGUACCUCUGCAUUUUCUCCCCCCCCGUCAAACAAUAACAGUGUGGAACUCUGGGUAUUAUUUUAGCAGCCGUCCACCACUUUAUCUGCCCUGCACAAUACUUCCUCUCCCACUGACUCACACAUCCUGCCUGAGAGGGGGCGAGCGAGGCAGGGAGAGAAUGAGAUGGAGAGAGAGAGAGAGAGAGAGGGGUGGGAGAGAGAGAAAUGCAGAGUGCAGGAGGGAGAAAUAGCCAUGUUUUGUCUUCCAGCGAGAGGAGCGAGGGAGGAGGAAGAGAGGAAAAGGAGGGAGAGGGGAUGUGAGCAUCGUUUCUCGGUUUUUCCCUCUUGGUCAAAGAGUUCCAACUGCUUUAUUUCUUCAGAUGGACAUCAGAACUUGGACGCUUUCUACCGAGUUACAACCUGCUUCUUUCUUUUAACUGGACCUCAACCGGCUUGAGGACGAUAGAAAAAAGUUGGGAAAAGUUUGGAAAAAAGUGACGAGGUGAUACUUCUUGGAAAACUCGUAAGGAGAAUUUUAAAAAGCGAGUCCUUUAGUAGACGCUCAACUCUUUGAACUUGAACUUGAGCGUCAGGGAUGCUGGGACCUGAACUGGGACCAGUUUGACAGCGGAUGCUCCAGCCUGCAGAGUCUGGCGCAGCGUCCCUCUCAUCAGGCCUCACUCCUGGCACCUGGCAAAGCUAUCGGAGCCACCGCUCCCUCCCCCUCCCCCACCUCCGUCUCCUCCUCCUACUCCGCCCUGCCUCCCCCCUGCAGACUCCCCUCCCCUCCCCCCUCCUCCCCCUCUGUCUGCCAUGCAGCUCCACCCCGGCCCCUACACAGUACCCUGGCACACAACUGACAACAGUGACUUAUCCUUGCAGUGGGGUCAGCUGUCCAGACCUUACUCCUCCACCGACCGAAGCAGUUCCCUGGGCUCCAUGGAGAGCUUGGACACGCCGACACCCACCACACAGCCGUACUCCGACUCCCACAAUUCCCCCGUCGAUCCCGCCCUCUUCAACAACAAGAGAGACUCGGCCUACAGCUCGUUCUCCGCCAGCUCCAACACGUCCGACUACGCCACAGUGCCGCUAAGGCCCGGUGAGGCCUGCUCCAUGGAUAACCUGCUCCAGAGCCUGGGGCCGGCUUGCCGAGGCUACCCCGCUGGUGACACCCCAACCCUGGGGAGUUCAUCUGGCGAGGCCCCCGAUGAGAUGCAGCUUAUUGUAUUGAAAUCCAGGUCACUGACCAGGCCGAGACCAAGGCCUGUUCAGUUAAAAGAGAGGCCUUCCUCGUGUUGUUACGAGGAGGAACGGAGGGGAGGAGACUUUGAGAUCAUAAGGAAUGGAGAAGGAGGAGCAGAGAGAAAGAUGAACCCUCCUCAGCCUCCGACCAGGAAGGACAGUUUUAGGGCAACCCGUAGUCGCCCUAAUGUCGCCAACAAAUGUUGCGUCUCCGCUCCGAUUGAAAAUUCCAUUGUCUCUUUUUACCACGACGAAAACAAGCCCUCUCUUAAUGUUGAAUCAGGAAUUCAUAACGGCUUCGCUGCACCGGAAGAAGGCGACAAAACUGGGAAUUUCAAAACAGAUUCCGUAGACUCACACUACAUCCAAAGACAGACUGAAGACGUUAGACAUAUCCGAUGUGAUGCUAGUGCAAAUAAAGACUACAGUUCGGAGACCACUGCAGAUCACCUCUCUGACCAAGCGUCAGCCUCCCUCGUUCCUGUCACCUCCUCUCGUCCUUGCUCCUUACCUGCAGAAUCCUCCUUGGAGGUUCAGGAGCAGUCUCAUAUCAUGCGCUCCCAGACCAAGCACUCGUCUACGAGGCUCCACCGUCACAGCGCCCCCGAUAAGCUCCUUGCUACGCAACUUCAGUUAUUGCAGUUUAACAGUGAUGACUCUUCAUUGGAGCCUCACAAUUCAUCAAACACUUCUGAUGCAUCCCUGUCCCCUUGUAGCAGCCAGUGGUCCCAAUCGUCCCUCCAGCCCGCAAAGGAGGACCAAGAAGCUUCUCAGAACCAGAACCACCUCCCAGCACCGUCAAAUAAAUGGGGAGGCAGCCGUUGCUCAACCCCAGGAUCUGUCUUCUUGGAAGGGGAUGAUGAUGAUGGGGAUUCAAGUGAGAGGCCGGAAGGGACGGGUGUGAAUGGAGGGUGCCUUCCACCAAUGGACCAUCACCACCCUUGGGGUCGUUCUGUGAGUGUUCCAGGGGAUCCCACUGGCUCGUUGACCCAGGCGAGGUUGAGCGCCGACCAGAUUCUGGAGAGAGACUUUCAGCCUCUUAGCGCUGCUGCCAGUGUUGACACUUUACUAGAGGAGCAGAGAGCAGUAGAUAGAGUAGUAACCGGAGGUAAAAAUGAGGAGGCUGUUGCAGGAGAGGCGAACAUGAAGAAGUCCAGAAACCAUCGCCGGAACCGGCGUCGUAGCGAGCGGUUUGCUACCAACCUCCGCAAUGAGAUCCAGAGGAAAAAAGCCCAGCUUCAGAGUAGCCGUGGCCCAGGAGGGUUGCUCUGUAGUGGGGAAACUGUCCAGGAGGAAGAGGGUCCAGACCUCAAUGAGGACGAGGAUGCAGACCCAGUGCUGCCGUCCCAGGAGAGGAGUACCAAAGUUGCAUUUGCACCAUCUGUUAGUCCCAAAGAUGCCAGCACCCCAGCACCAGUCGAGAAAUCAACCACCUCAACCGAAUCAAACCACUUGCAGACUCAGUCAACAACCCACACUCAAAACAACAACCUAUCCAGGUCUGUCCAGAUUCUUGAUCCAGGAUUGCCCAGUUUUGGUGUCGGUAUCCGAGUCAUAGAGGAACCAGCUCCUGCUGGCAAAGCCCGCCGCUGGCGUUGGACCCCCGAGCAUAAACUCCAACCUGAACCCGAACCGGAGCGACGGGGUACGGGUGAAAAGGUUUUGGGAGUCUCGGGGUCUCGGCACGGGGUUUGUGCCUUCACCCCCUCAUCCUCUUCCUCAUACAGUCGCUCCUCUUCCUGUUCUCGAAUGGAGGAGUCUGAUAUCCUACCGUUUGCAGAUAGGAUGAAGUUUUUCGAGGAGACAAGCAAGGGUAUGCCUGGACCAAAUGUCUCAAAUCUGUCAAGUCGUAGGCAGAGAAAACCACCCAACUAUCCAGAUCCCCAAGGAGGGGAGCUUGGUCAGUACCCAUCCCAAAGGAGGUACUCCUAUCAAGGGGGGCUUCAGCAGGAAAGCGCCCUCCUUCCAAACACUGUGGAAGCCAGGAGGCUGUCGGUUAGCACCAGCAGGGAGAGGCAGAGGGAGAGGGAGCAAGCGAGGGAGAGGGAGGAGAGGGCAAGAGAACGAGAGAGGGAAGAGAGGUUGAGAGAAAGGGAGAGGGAGUUAGAAAUGGAGAGGGCAAGACUUCAGCGGGAGAGGGAACGAGAGGAGAGGGUGAGGCAGUGGGAGAAGGAGAGAGAGAGGGAACUUGAGUUGGAGCGAGAAAAAGAGAUGGAAAGAGCCAGAGAGAAAGAACGUCUCAAAAUAGAGAGAGAGAAAGAACUUGAGAGAGCAAGAGAAGAAGAUGCUCAGCUCAGCUCACAUCAGGAGUUUUAUAGCAACAAAGAAAGAAAUCAAGACUUCCAACACAACUUCCCCCCAAAGCCUCAGGCCUUCUCCCACAACCAAAUCCAGAACCAAGGCCCACGGUCGGCUUUUUAUCCUGUCAGCACCCCUUCCCAGUCACUGGGGAACCAGCAGCCUCUUCACCAGGGAUACACAGCGAGGAGCUACACGCCUACAGAGAUGUAUCCCGCCCGGCAACAGGAAACGACCAAGCUCAACAGGAAGUACAGCCUGACUGAGAGGGACUACUCCAGCUGGAGACGAGAGUCCCGACCUGCGGAGAACAUAAACCAUCAGCACCAUCAGGGCCGAUGGAGCCACAGACCGUCUGACGAGGACCGUAACGGGUACGGGUUCCCUCCGCCGCCGGCUCCUCUCUCGCUCCGAGGACGAGCCAUGUCCGAAAACGACCUCCGCUUCGACAGCAGCCACCGCUGGUCGCCGUCCGUCUCCGUGGCGACCAGCCAGACGCUGAGCGAGGUGGAGGAAGGAGCGGGCGGAGUCAGGGGAGGAGGAGCUGUCAACGCCGCCCGGCCAAACAGGAAGAAGACGCCUCCUCCGCCUAGACCGCCGCCCCCAAAGUGGGAGCAGUUCCACCGCCGGCGAGCGUCCCACCACACCCUCUUCUCCUCCUCCUCCUCCUCCUCUUCGUCUCACUCCACGCCUCCACCCUUCGACACAGCAGGAGGACACUAUUCCUCCUGCGUCCCUCCAUCUGAGACGUCCAGACAGCGCUCCUACAGUCUUCCUCCGGAGAGGCCUGACGCGUCCGAGGGCUGCCCGCGCUGCAGCUGCAGCCACAACCAGGAAGUGAACCACGCCUCGUCCAAUCAGAAUCAACCACAGAUGCAGGAACGUCCCUUUUCUCAGGCCUCGUCCAAUCAGAAUCCGGUUCAGUUUCAGGAGCAGGGCUUCACCGUGGCUCCGCCCAGUCCCAUGUUCUCCAGGAGGGCCUUCAGACCGGUGGCCCCGCCCCAGAAGGAGAGGGAGCUGAGGGGCCCGUAUGGACAGCAGGAGAGGGUGGAGGUCUUAUCGUCUCUCCCUCCACCUCCUCCAACGGAGAACAGUGUGAGCAGUUUUAUCAGCUCCGACCAGGACAGAGUGACAGUGAAACCUCACAAAGAGAAACCCAACAUGCGACCAGGAGCCGAGUGGGAAAGAGCCCCGUCUCCCAGAGUUCAUAGCGACUCGAGUCGUCCACCCGUGGUAGAAAACGGAGGCGUGGGACCGGUUCUCCCUCCUGAAUCCUUCUUCUGCACCGACUACGACCAGCAGCAGCAGCAGCAGCUCCGUAUGGACAGAGGCUUCCAGAGCAUCGAGCCCCAGAAGAUCCAAGAACCCGGAACAGAGUCGGAGACGACGCUCAGCCCGAGUCCCGUCCACAGCCUGGACGCCGACCUGGACGUCCCCCUGGAGACGGACAUCGACGACUUCCAGGAGGACGAGGGGCUCCGAGCGGAGCUGGAGCCAAUCAGCAGCGAGCUGCCGUGCUUCGCGCUGCCCGUCACCGUCCUGGAGACGGACAUCGACACCUUGGCGGACUCGGCCGAGGCCUCGCCGUCCUCGAGCAGGACGAGGGCGGAGAGCGGCUCGCUGGAGGAGGAGCUGGAGGCCGGGGAGAGCCUGGAGGAGCUCUUCCCCCCAGGCAGCGAGGGGGAGGCGGGCAGGGAGAGCUGGAGAGGAGCCUACCAGAGCGCCGAGCACAGCACCGACAGCCUUGACAGGCGCUCCGGUGCCAGCUCCAGCUGCUCGUCCUAUUACAGCACGUCGGCAGCCAAAGCUCAGCUGCUGUCUCAGAUGAAGGACUUCACCGAUCACAGAGACAGAGACGAGGACGACGAGCUCACCUACAAGAAACAGCUGAUGGAGAGCCUCCGCAAGAAGCUGGGAGUGUUGAGAGAAGCUCAGCGGGGACUGCAGGAGGACAUCAGAGCCAACGCACAGCUGGGAGAGGAGGUGGAGAGCAUGGUGGUGGGGGUGUGUAAGCCCAACGAGGUGGACAAGUUCCGCAUGUUCAUCGGCGACUUGGACAAAGUGGUCAGCCUGCUGCUGUCGCUGUCCGGGCGCCUGCUGAGGGUGGAGACCACGCUGGAUACACUGGACCCCGAGACGGAGCACCACGAGAGGCUCCCCCUGCUGGAGAAGAAGCGUCAGCUCAUGAGGCAGCUGUCCGAGGCUCAGGACCUGAAGGAGCACGUGGACCGCAGAGAGCAGGCCGUCAGCCGGGUGCUGGCCCGCUGCCUGUCCCCCGAGCACCACCGGGACUACAGCCACUUUGUGAAGAUGAAGGCGGCGCUGCUGGUGGAGCAGCGGCAGCUGGAGGACAAGACGCGGCUGGGAGAAGAGCAGCUGAGGGGGCUGAGGGAGAGCCUGGGGCUGGGCAUCGGGAUCGGGAUGGGAAUGUCGAUGGGAUACGGACAUUAUUAAAAAAGAGAUGAAGAAGUCAGUUAGUCUGGAGACGAGAAGAGAAGGAGCAGACGGGUAGCAGACAUGCUUGUAAAAGCAUCGAUUUACAGGAAUAGUUUGACAUUUUCUUUUUUUGUGUGUAUUUAUUUUUAUUGUUUUCAUAACAGAAAAAUAUACACAAAUUAGAGACAGUUGGUGGAGCUACACAGAACAAUAAAAAAGUUUUGUUUUUUGACAGAGUUUUUGACAUGAGACAAACAAAACAUUUCGACAUUAAAAGUUUGACAUUUUCUUGCCAUGAAAACAUCAAAACCACUCCCAUGAUUGCCAGCACCGUUUAACACCUUAUAUCUUGUGUUUUUGGCCGGUUAUGUGCCAGAAUAUUUCCUUCUUCUUCCUUUCGUCUUUAUGUGAAAAUGUCAAACUAUUCCUUUCAGGUUUUGCAGAAAUCAGUGUCAAAAAUAUUCGAGACAAAGGGCAAAAAUGAAGGUUUAUGCCCUAUAAAACAAUCAAAAAAAUGUGCGAUUGUACAUGUUAAUGCCUCAAAAUUUCCAACAUUGAGGGUAAAACUCACCCUGUGAUAAAAAAAUAUUUUAUUUCCUGUGUUGGCAGAGAUGAAGAUGCAUAAAUUGCAGAACCAAAUUUGCUAUAAAAGCUCAAAUUUACCUAAAAGAAGGUACAAAUCUGAGGUGUCGACAAGGUUAAAAAACUGAAUUUCGGUGCUGUGGUGCAGGAAAAAAAAGAGGAAAAAGAAGAAAAUGGAGCACGAAGAAACAUCAGAUAAAACAUUUACUGACUUUGGAAAUCAGAUAAAUCUUCAGAAAUAUAUUGACAACUGAUCCACAGAGAGCCGAGAGCAUGUUGUGACCACAGAAGGAAAAGAAAUGAAUGUUUUCGACCAAAUUUCACCCACUUAUACAACAUUAUACUGUCUGCUUCACAUGUACUGUAAAACUGUUAAACACGUCUUCUAACACUACGUUGCCAAAGACAUUUUCUCUUGAUGAAUGUGUCACUGAGACGCUGCUUUUUUAUUGUGUUUUGUAUUUAAAUCUCCUGGUUCAGAGAAUCGAAGGAGACUUUUUAUUCUGGUGCUUCCCGUUAGCAACACUAAAGUCAACAUUGCAGCGUUAUUAACUGCCUCUGAGAAGUUCGUUAGCUUCUCUUUAUGUAUUCAGCUGCACCCAGCAUCACAUAUACUGUUUAUUAUCUACCAUAAUAUCGUCAUAUCACUUUGUAUUCUCAUUACUGUAACAUGUUUGGAGUUUGAGACUCCACCGGCGCGUUAAACUGUCACAUGAUAACUGUUCUGUACAGACGACACUUGUGUUUAUAAUGUAUACGAUGUGUAUAUAGUGAUUUUUUUUCGUUUGAAUGACUGGAAUUGGUUGUAAAAAUGGUUGUAAAAGAUGAACAAGAAGACCGGGAAGUCAACGUUUACUGUAUAUUUUGACGGGGAAGAGUUUGGUUUGUCUCGAAACAGGAGUUGCAGUUUUUGUUGUUAGCUUGUUAGCUUGUUUUUUUGGCCAAAACUCUGUCUUCUGCCAGUCUCAGCUGACACUUAAUACAUGCAUUUAUUACUUUUUAAUGAGACAAAUAACGCCUGUUUACUGGCGUGUUGAGAGUUAGAUGAGAAGAUUAAUACCACUCUCAUGUUUGUACGGUAAAAUAAAAAGCUACAGCCAGCGGUUAGCUUAGCUUAGCUUAGCUUAACUUAGCAUAAAGACUGAUAACAGGGAAACAGCUAGCUGGGUUGUGUGCAAAUGUAACUAAAAGAGACUCUUAAUGACUAAAAAUAGAUACAAAACAACAGACUUUAAAUUAUUUAAAAAUAGACACAAAACAACAACAAUGUGACUCUAAAUUACAAAAAAAUAGACACAAAACAACAAUAAAAUGACUAAAAGACUAAAAAUGGACACAAAACAACAACAAUGUGACUCUAAAUUACUAAAAAGAAUAGACACAAAACAACAAUAAAAUGACUAAGUGACUAAAAAAGACCAAAAAAAAACACAAAGUAACUAAAAAUACACACAAAACAACAACAAA